GAGUGUGUGUGUGUGUGUGUAAGCACAACUUGUUGGCGUGCACGCAGGCGAUGCUGCUGUUACUGUUGCUGUGUGGCUACAAGUAGAACAAGGUGAAUUCUCACAUGUCCACAAUCUCCUUCCAGAUGUGUCCUGGACUGUGAGGCUCCACAGCUGUUCACACCACUGGAUCGUUCGGCCAGCAUGCAGAACCUCCGACACGCUGCGACUGAAGCCUUCCAGCGGCUGGGACUGAAGCAGAGACACAUGGGUUAUCAGGAGCUGGGAGAGUUGGAUGGUGUUGAAACUCCCCAGCCUCAGUGGUUUCACACUCUACAAGUGCGCAGGCUCCGGGCGCAGAGAGGACGCAGCAACAGCGACCCACUUGGAGGCAAGAACUUUCAGCCAGAGUUUCAAUGGAACGCAGGUCUUCAGUUUGGAACGGCGAAUUCAUACCUGAACCUGGAGAAACUGGGAGAGGGUGCGUACGCUACUGUAUACAAAGGAAUAAGCAGGAUAAAUGGACACUUGGUGGCGCUCAAGGUGAUCCGAAUGAAAACCGAGGAGGGCGUUCCGUUCACUGCAAUCAGGGAGGCCUCUCUGUUAAAAGGCCUCAAACACGCCAACAUUGUCCUGCUCCAUGACAUCAUCCACACACGUGAAUCCCUCACCUUCGUCUUCGAGUACGUGCAAACCGACUUGGCUCAGUAUAUGAUCCAGCAUCCAGGAGGCCUUCACCCAUGGAAUGUUCGUAUCUUCAUGUUCCAGCUGUUUCGAGGUUUAUCGUAUAUCCACAGCAGGAGGAUUCUGCAUCGGGAUCUGAAACCUCAGAACCUGCUCAUCAGCUACCUGGGCGAGCUCAAACUCGCUGACUUUGGUCUAGCCAGGUCCAAGUCGAUCCCAUGCCAGACAUACUCAGCAGAAGUCGUGACCUUGUGGUACAGACCUCCUGAUGUUCUCCUGGGCUCCACAGAUUAUUCUACAGCACUUGAUAUAUGGGGCGCAGGCUGCAUUUUCGUCGAGAUGCUACAGGGGGUGCCGGCGUUCCCUGGUGUGGCUGAUGUUUUCGAGCAGUUGGUGAAAAUCUGGAGAGUUCUCGGCGUGCCCACGGAGGAGAGCUGGCCAGGAGUGAGCGAGCUCCCGAACUACAAAGCGGAAUGGUUCCUGCCCUGCAAACCCCAGCAAUUCAGAGAUGUCUGGAAAAGAUUUGCACAGUUACCCUAUAAGACGGAGGACCUUGCGCAGCAGAUGUUGACGAUGAUUCCCAAAGAAAGGAUUUCGGCCCAGGAUGCGUUACACCAUCCCUACUUCAACACUCUGCCACCGCCCGUGACGCAGCUGCGAGACACCGUAUCCGUCUUCAAGGUGCCUGGGGUGAGGUUGGAGACGGAAGUGAGCGAUAUCUUCAGCCCGAACAGACGGGUGAAAUCCUCUCAUGUUCCUCAGGGGAAAUGCUGGUGAUAGGCUCCUGCUGGCCCACCUCGAGCACACAGAUCUUUUCCGAAGAGGAGGAAAGAAGAAAAAAGUGUUGAUAAUGGAGGGUCAUAAUAGAUUGCUUGUUAGCAAGAACGAUAGAGUGUUGGUUUUCAGAGCACCGUCCAUUUGCAGUGUGGUGGUCAGGUUUUGGGAAGGAUGGAUGGAUGGGUGGGAAGAUGGAUGGAAGGAUCGAUCAAUGGAUAUUGCAGAAGAUGUACUGGAAUCAGAAAGUUCUUAAAGAUGUCAGAUUAAGACCAGAGAGAAUGACUUAACAUAUGUACAGUAAAUAGCACUUUUUAAAACAGCGUAAAUAUGUGCCAGCAUCUACAGUUUUGCCAAAGUGUUACAAAUUUAAUAGCAUUUGAAGUUUUAAACAUUAAAUUUUUUUAAAUCAAGACAAAUUUGAGAUCAAAUAAAAGUAAAAUGAGUGAAAAUUCACAGAAGGGGAAAGGGUGUGAAAGAGGCACAUUUGUAUCUUGUAGCACGUGCUAUUGCUUUGCUCACAGAACUUUGACAAGCAUCAAUCUUGCAAGCCAAUAGAAAAUGAAAAAGUGGGACUGUUGUGUUUUUUGUUGGUAGAAUAUUUAUAAUUUAAUACCAGAUUUGCCUCACUGCUUGCUCACAGUUGCUUGGUGCACAUCUGGACACAAACCGAACAAAUGCUAGUAGCAAUGUUGGCAUCUCUAUACGAUAUAAUUUAUGUCGUUUUUAAAAAUAUUUUUCUGAAAGAACUGUUAACGUUGAAUAAAGUGAGCCAAAGAGAUUGAGAGAGAAAUAGAAAAGGGUUAAAAAUCUUUCACAUAUGCACGCUGACCCAUGAGUGUUAAGGCAAAUUACAAAUUGAAAGGUCAUGGCCAUAUGGGAACAAGAGCUGGAGCUGAUCCCAGAUACUCCCAGAGAGAGGGAGAGGGAGUGAGUCGAGAGAGAGACAGAGAGAGAGAGAGAGAGCGAUGAACAAUACUUUCCUGGAAGUCCUUCAUUCUUCCAAAUCCUUCCAGGUGAUGUGUUUUUACAGUCCUGUGUGUCUGCUCCCUCAAUCUGAAAUCCUCUUGUGACAUUUGUGUGCACCAUUUAGCCUGUUUGCUCUAUGUGAAUAAUUUGUAUAAAAAAAAAGCACAACACAAACUGUGUCAAAUGGAUGUCUUUAGCCGGGAUCUACUGUUAAUCAGGGCUGUUUAUUGGUUCUUACUGCUCGCUGAUUAAAACCAGGAACAGAAGUAUCAUAUAGGAUCAUCUCAGCUGUUAAAGCAACAUCUGCGUGAGCUAUGCUGAUGACCCGGACCAUCGAGUGCACAAUGAUUUCAUAUCCUUGCAGGUGUGUAGCAUGUGAGCAGAAUGCCAGCUGAUGUUACGUUGCAGAUGUAUGUGUGUGUGUGUAUAAGUCCAAAUGUUUAAUUCUGUUCAUGUCCUAAUAAAUAUCUUUU